AUGAUUGAUCGUCUGAUAAUAUGUUUGGCAAUAUUGUUAAUGGUUGGAAAUAAUUAUGCUUUUGAUAUUCCUCAAGCACUAGAGAUUCCAAUCGAAAAAGAGUUUAAAUUAACAUAAACAUAAUUCAAUUUGUUAUACAGCAUAUUUGCAGUUCCAAACAUAGGAUUAUCUAUAGGAGGAGGUAUUAUGAUAGAUAGGAUGGGAGGAAGAUGGGGAGUACAUUUAAUACAAUAAAUAGGUAUUUACAUUUUCAUUAAUGCUUGGACUGUCAUAAUUAUUUAUAGCAUUUGGUGGAUGCUAUUAAAAAUAUUAUAUGAUGUUAGUAGGGAGAGCUAUAUUUGGAAUAGCAAGUGACUUAUUACACAUAGCAGUAUUUAAAGUGAUUGCAAGAAGGAUGCCACAUUGUUUAGGAACAGCAAUGGGAUUGAUUUUAACAGUUCCAGAAUUGGCAGCAGCAUUGAAUUCUUUUUUAUCACCAUAUCUAUUUGAGAAAACUCAUUCUUUAGAGUUGCCUUUACUUUUUGGAUUAUCGUUGUGUAUAUUGGUAUAUUGAAUAAUCCUAACAUUAAAGUCAUUCUUAUCUGGAUUACUAAUGAUAUAUUUAGACACAAAAUAUGAUGCAUGUUUAGUAGAAGAACCAGAUGAAGAAGUUUCAUUAUCUAAAUGUAAGUGAUCAAACUAAAAUAGUUAAGCUUACUAAACCAUUUGUUAGAAUGAGUCUAAUAACAACAUUGAUGUUAGCAGCUUAUGUUCNUAAUUUAGACAACAUAAUUAUCCAAUUAGUUUAAUAAGACAUUGAUGGUAAUAUUAAAUAGUUAUAAAUAUUAAUGGACAAUAAGUCAGUGAUCAUUAAAAUAUUAAGAACUAAUACUGAAUAUAAUGAUAAUAAAAAUGAAUUUAGUAAUUAUCUUUGA